AUGGCCAUGAAGGAAAUUAGUGUCUAUCGUAGCUUUAUUGGCCAUGUGGCACAGCACGGAGUAGGCCGGAGGAAUAAUUCCCCUAAGGAUGGAGGCCCCCAUAGGGACACAAAGACAUUGUUUACACGAUUACCUGACGAUCUCUGCGCACCUUUGCUCUAUGACUGUGUUCAAAAAUACCCUGAUAUCGUGAACUACCUGGGGCUACAAACCUCGUGGGCAACCGGAGAGCAAAUGAAGGCCUAUAAAUGUCUUGAAGCCUACAACUUCUUCAUAUCUGGCUGGGUUAACACUCUUCUGACCAAGCAAUUGAAAGACGAAUUACAGAUGGCGUUCUACAUUCAUACUCCGGAGGGGGUCUUGUCCUCAGGAGCUGAAUUUCAGGCCAGGGACAUUCUGAAGUCCCGCUACGGUGACAGCACAACAAAUACAGUCCAAGCGAAUCCGUCCUUAGAUAAUUAUAGCCAAGACUACACCGGAGGCUACACUCAGGACUACACCGGAGGCUACGCUCAAGACUACACCGGAGGCUACGCUCAAGACUACACCGGAGGCUACGCUCAAGACUAUUCAGGAGGCUACACUCAAGACAACACUGGAGGCUAUUCUCAAGACUACAACGGAGGAUACACGCAAGACUACACAGCUGACAAUUACUACGGCGAUCCCAUCAGCGGGACAGAGUACAACAAUAAUUACAGUACAUACGACGCCUACAGCCGCCCAGAUCCCUCCUUCCAGUACAACGCGGAAACCGGAGGGCAGGACACUUUCGGAAACUACGACUCACAAGCCAACAACAGCACCUACUUAGACAACUACCCAGAGUACGACUUCGCAACGGAAGGCAACACUUACAACUCCUACGUCAGGCAGAACGACUCACUUCGUCAGGAGGAGGAAGACUUCACUGGCGAGACCGAGACCAAAGGGGCUUAUCCGACCUACGACAACUACGGCGCGUCUCGUCCGCAGGCAGAUCAUCGAGAAUCACCAUCAAGCCCUCCUAUUCAAACAGAAGUGAAUUAGGCCCAGUGUUAAGGGCUAUGACUCCUUGUGUCCAGGAAUAUAUGGGCAAUAAAUCUCUAUUCCUCCACAGGGUUUUGGUCAGA